AUGCUCCUCGCCCCACAGGUGAAAUGCUACGGCUCGGUGCAGGGCACCAUCUACGAUUACGGGGCCCUGACCAUCGAUGGGGACGAGUACGUCCCCUUUAGGAAGUACGCGGGGAAGAUGGUCCUCUUCGUCAACGUGGCCACGUACUGAGGCCUCACCCUGCAGUACCUCGAACUGAAUGCACUACAAAAUGAACUGGGGCCCUACGGGCUCGUGGUCCUGGGCUUCCCCUCCAACCAAUUUGGAAAGCAGGAACCUGGCCAGAACUCGGAGAUCCUCCCUGCGCUGAAGUAUGUCCGGCCAGGGGGUGGCUUCGUCCCCAACUUCCAGCUCUUCCAGAAAGGGGAUGUGAACGGGGCGAAGGAGCAGAAGGUCUACACCUUCCUGAAGAACGCCUGUCCCCCAGUGGCGGAGGAGUUCGGGAACCCCAAAAACCUCUUCUGGGAGCCCCUGCGGAACCAUGACAUCAAGUGGAACUUCGAGAAGUUCCUGGUGGGCCCCGAUGGCGUGCCCGUCAUGCGCUGGUACCACCGUGCCAACAUCGCCGUCGUGAAGAACGACAUCAUCACCUACAUGAGGCAGCAGCAGGGCCAGUAG